AUGUCCUCGAAGAAACGGUACGGGACAUACGGCCGUGCAAUCACAUCUCCAGCAUUACUCUCAUCUUCAGUUGGAUGGACACGUCCUGAUGCCACGUCACAGAUCGAUCGUCUUCGUUCUCAGGCAACAUCAGUUAUCAGUAGUCCUCCACCACAUGAGUAUGCAGUACCACAUGCAUAUGGAGGGAGUAGUAAUGGUACACUUGCUUCAAGACCUCCUGCCGAUCCGAAGCAACCACAGAGGAGUAGAGCAGAACGAUUAAGACAUCGGAUAAGUGAGAGAAGAACUAAUGCUUACAUGAUCCCUCCAUCCACUACAACUGGAAGAGACACGGCCAUAGAUGCAUUAAUGAAUAAAUAUCUGAAUAAAUCGAAGGAAAAUUUAGAUGAUGGUAGAAAAAGUAGAGAGAGUUCACGAGCCCAAGAACUACUAGCUAGAACAAAAUCGCGAGAAAUGUCACCAACAAUUGAUUCGUUGAUGAAAAGAUACGGUAACAACAAUUCAUCGGCACAUCGAAUCAAAGAUUCAACUACCGUAUCCAGAAGAGAAUCCAUGGAGAAUACGGAAAAUGAGAAUUCUCGAUCACUGGACAACAAAUCUUGUAAAGAAGCACGAUUAAGUGGCAGUGAUGUGAGAAUCAAGUGGGAGGUAACAAAUCAAGAAGUGAAACCAACAUCAUCCGUAAAAAGAUUCAGUGUGACCAUUGAUCCAUCUGGAGGACGAAUGCCCGUCGGUAAUUCGGGGUCUCGAUCGGGUCGACUGGCACGUAUCAGCCAAUCGAAUAUACGACCGUUUGGAUCAAAUGGUGGUGGAGCUACGAACAGUUAUGGACCCGGUACCCAUCCAAUGUCAGGUGCUGAACCUUGCAGUCCCACCAAAAAAGAGAAACAUCGAUUCGAGAUCACAAAGAAACUUGGCUCUGGAACAUAUGGAAAAGUGUCGUUGGCCUACGAUCACAAAUUCGAUCGAGAGGUUGCUGUCAAACUUAUCAAGAAAAGUGCAAUCGAGAGCAAGGCUGAUUUGGUUCGAAUUCGAAGGGAAAUUCGUAUAAUGAGUGCAUUAAACCAUCCAAAUAUCAUUCAAAUUUAUGAAGUGUUUGAAAACAAAGACAAAAUCAUUCUCGUAAUGGAGUAUUCUAGCGGUGGAGAACUAUACGAUUACGUCUCCAGAUGUGGAUCUCUUCCGGAAGCAGAAGCUCGUCGAAUAUUUCGACAAAUCACUUCUGCAGUACUUUAUUGCCAUAAACAUCGGGUUGCGCACAGAGAUUUAAAAUUGGAGAAUAUUCUCUUAGAUCAGAAUAACAAUGCGAAAAUUGCUGAUUUCGGGUUGUCCAACUAUUUUGCUGAUAAGAAUCUUCUGACCACAUUUUGUGGAAGUCCUCUUUAUGCUUCACCUGAAAUUAUCAAUGGAACUCCUUAUAAAGGACCAGAAGUUGAUUGUUGGUCAUUGGGAAUUCUUCUUUAUACAUUAGUUUAUGGAAGUAUGCCUUUUGAUGGGAGAGAUUUCAAUCGAAUGGUUCGACAGAUCAAGAGAGGAGCAUACUUUGAGCCAGAAACACCUUCAACUGCUUCAAUGCUCAUCAGAAAUAUGCUCCGAGUGAAUCCAGAACGAAGAGCGACAAUCUUUGACAUUGCAUCUCAUUGGUGGCUGAAUCUCGAAGAAAACAUGCCAGUCAUUCAAGAACUUCCUGAAAAUCAAAUCAUAGAUCACACUCCGUUAACUGAGAGGGAAGAGACUAUGGUUGUACAGGAUCUAGCAGAUGAACAAGACGUAUUCAUGGAGUUUGGACAUCUGUCUUCUGAAACACGCCGGAAGAUUGAAGACUUCAGAAGACGUCGAAAGGAGGCUGAGGAGUUUAAUGAUAACUCUCCAGUGAAACCACCAAAAGCAAGAAAAACUGAUGAGUUGACUGGAAAAGUGGCAAAAGAACAACCAGAGAUGAGAACUGCGGAGAAAUCAUUAAGAGGAGUGAGGGAAGAGAAGGAAAAACCAAAGGUUGUAGAUCCAAAUGAUCCAUUGGAGAGACUUCGUCAAAUCGAGAAUAGACUCGGACAACAGAAAAAAGAAAAAGAGGCAGCUGCAGCCGCACGUGCCGAAGUGGUUAAGACAAGAGAAGAGAAGAAAGCAAAGUCUCCAGAGCAACAACCGGAAGACCCGAAAACUGCUAGAGGAACGUCGAAAUCAGCGGACUCACGUGCUCCUUCAUUUGUUCCUGUUAAGGAUAAACCAGAGACUUCGGAGCCAGAAAGACCACGUACUCGUCCACAUAUGACUGCAAGUGCCUAUAGAAUUGAGACAGAUUCGUUGAACAUGUUGAUGAACCAAGUACUUGAACAAAUGGAAAAAGGACCAGUCAAUUUGAAUAUCAUUGCAAGAAUCAAGGCUCAUCCAUUGUAUGAUACAAGACCAAUGGUUAAAGAACUUCUCGAGAGUAUUAUUGCUGCUCAACCAGAGCCAGUGCAGAAGCAGACAAGUAAAGUUGUAGAACAACAGACAUUCUCCCGUCAAAAUACUCUUACGAGGAAGAAGAAAGAAGAUCCAGUGGCUGAAGAAGAGAUUCCAGCAGUACCAUCACCCCCCAGAAAGAUGACAGAAAGACCAUGGCAUUCAGUAGAGGUCGGAUUCGAUCCGGAUGAGGAGCCAGAGCAUGAUCGCAUGCAGGAAUCAAUUGCAAGCAAUGCAACUGAAGUAACCGUUCAAGAUACAUCAUUUGAAGAUGAUAGUUCUGAUGAAGACGGAAGAAAGAAGACUCCAGUGGCUGAUGAAUUGGUUCCAAAGACGCCAAAACUGAUUAUUGAGAAUCCAGAGAGUUCGAAAACGAUUGUUGUCGAAGAGGAAAGUGAUGAAGAUGAAGAUUAUAGUGAUGCUGAAAUGGAAGAAUUGGCAGAUGAAGUGGAGAAAAAGGCUCCUGAAGAUAUGAAAAGAGUUCCUACUUCUGAGAAUCUCGAAGCCAAUCCACCACCAGAUCCGUCAAGUUCUCCACAAUUCUUGGAUGCGUUCGAUCGUGGACUCAUCAAGAGACAGAGUAAAGGAAAAUACCAGCACACUCUCAUCAAUAACUAUGGUCGUGGUGUGUCAACGGAAUGUGAAUCUCCAACACAGCAACGAAAAUUCUUUGGUGGACCACAACCUUCGGCCGAGCUGUCUCCUUUCCUAUUUGACAAAGCAAAGGAAAUUCUUCAAACCUAUCCUAACAACAAGCUGGAUGCACGUGGAAUUGAUGUGGAAUUGAGAAGAAAAUUGAGAAUGGAAAAGGUGAAAGCAGACUUAUUGAAGCAGCCAAAGGAUGGAGACAAACCGAGAAAUUCAUAUGUCGGAAGUGUUCCACCACGUACUCCUCCUCCAAUCGUCGUCAAAUCAGAUGGAGAAGAUAUUGACGAUGACGAUGAAGAAGAAGAGGAUGAGGAUGAAGAGGAAGUUGAGGAGACUGAUUCUGGAGAAGGAUCAGACUUUGAGAACUUCAAGCCCAAGCGACCAAUCAUUGCUGCAGUCAGAAGAGAUGACGGUGCUGUGGUGCCAGUGAUUCAUACAACUACUCGACCUGCUGUUGUUUCACCCAAUUCUCAAAAUCCAAGAUAUCAAGUUGCAUCGCCAAAAACUUCUACUGUUAUACAGGCGACGCCAGAAAAAGUACCGGUGCCAGGAGCUUCUGCAAAGUAUCUAGUGACUGUUGCCGAACUGAAAUUGAAGCCAGCCGAGAAAAAAGAAGAGAUUAAGACAGAAUCUCAACUGAAAGAUCAGCUGAAGGAUAGUGAAAUCAAUUCUGAAAGAAGAACCUCACAAACCAACCUUCUAUUCCGUCCGUCCGCCUAUAUGGCAUCGGAUCUGUACCGCCGGAUAAACGCAGCUCUGGAACGGCCAUCUGUCGAUCCAUAUGAAGACCGUGCCUUCUCGCCUAUCUCCUCUGAUCCGUUCUACUCUCAUCACUCAUCUGGAGUCACUGCUCCAUCAGCUCUCGGAUAUGUUCGUCCACGUUAUCAUGAUGAUAGCUACCGUACUCAUCGUGAUAGUGAAUAUCGUCCAAUGUCGCCUACGAGUCGAUAUACAGCCGCCGUUUCCCGCGAUGAUCGUGGCAAAUCAACAUCUUAUGAUCCACACGAUGCCAGCAGGCCGUCCUACGAUAGAAGUUAUUUAACUUCUUCAAAUGCAAGUCCCAGUUAUACCAGAAAGUUCGAGCACGAACAACCAACACUAAACUCGUGGGCAAAUGAUCGUAAAUUUGAAGUCUACAAAACACGGGCUGAACGGGACGCCGAGAGAAACACAUAUCAUUCAAACCCAAGUACUGGUUCAAGCUCAUACCGUCCUUCUUCGUAUUACACAUCAACAAGUGAUAGACCUGUGACUGGUCUAAGACGUCCGGAAGAAAGUUAUACAUCGUCUUCAACUGCUUAUGGUAGAUAUGAUGGAAGAUCAACAACUCCGAGCAACGAUCAUUAUGCCAUCUCGAGUGCAUUGGCUGACAAUCAAGCAUCAAGCAUGGCAAAUCGUUUCCGUCCAACUGCAAGACGUGUUGCUUCUGCUAUGACAGACGCUGAUCGUCGUAACUAUCAUAGAUCAAGAUCCAUGGAUAGAAACAAGGUAGAUUAUGAGUAUGGAAGUAACUUGCUCACUCGAUUGACCACUCCUGAUACUCAUGGUGCUGGUGAUUAUUCAUACGUGAACUAUCAUGACAGUUCGAAUGGAAGAUCUAACGUAACAAUGGAGAAAGAUGGUCAGCCAAGAAGUAUUUUGAAGAAUAAGCAGAGUGCUGAUAUUGAACCACGCGUUGAAUCUUCGUAUGAACCAAGUAGUGGUGUCCGUUCGGUGUUCGAACGUCUUCGUCGUCAUUUGUCUCUGGAGAAAAGUGUUUCGCCGCAAAGACAGGUUGCAUCUGUCGGGCCACAUAAUCGUGCCAUUGACACCACGUCAUCUGCUUUGGAUAAUCCAAAGAAAAAGAGAUCUUUGCUGUCAUUCAAUCGAAGAAAGACGAGUGAAGUACGAAUGGGAGCUGAUGGAAAAUUGGUUACAAAUGGAUAUGAUGACACUCCAAGUAGCAGAGAUUUUAAGAGACCAAGUUCGCCGAUCGAUAGAAUCAAGUCUUUGUUCAGAAAAAGUGAUACCACCGGAACUGGACAUUCUGACUAUUAUAACUCUUCAAGAGCUUACACUUCCUCAAAUCCCACUUCAACAACUCGUGAACCAUAUGUUGCCCAAUACAGAAAAUAUCCAGGUUCAACAACCCGUGAUACAUCCAGCGCUCUCAAUCGUUAUUCAUACACUCCUGGUCUGACUGAUCAACGUCGUCAUUGGUACGAUGAUCCGAAUAUUUAUUAA